GAGUAGUCAGGAGAUAGGCUAGGACCGCUGCGAUGAUUAGGCCGUCAUGAAACCGUUAGAUGAGGCGCUCUACGCAUAGAUCAUUCCCUUGUUGCGGAGGGGGUAGAGCAAUCGUUGAAUCGCUAAACAGCUAGCCAUAGGGAAGAGUUCGGCCCAUCAAGGCGAUUGUAGAGUCUACCCGCGAUGACGUGCGUCCUACGAUGCCCUCAGCCGGUCGCCCUCGCUUAGUGACAGAGAGAGUUCGCCGCGGCAUAGUUCGGUCGAUUACCCUCGAGGAGGCCGAAAUCUCCGCUCACGUGGCGAAAAUCGUUGAGAAGCAGCACGGCAUCACGUUGCAUCCUAAGACAUUGCGUAACGCUUAGAAUGGGAGCCGACUUGUCGCAAUCAAGCAUCCCAAGAAGCCGCGACACUCUCGGAAAAACAUACGCGAUAGGCUGGAAUGGGCGCGUGCCCACGCAGACUGGACGGUCGACGACUAGAAGCGCGUUUUCUGUGCGGAUGAGACCAAGAUCGGUCGUCUUGCAUCCAACUGACUCUCAUACGCCUGCGUUCACGAAGGGACUGCCCUCCAAAGACACCAAAUCAAGCAGACCGUCAAACACGGGGGCGGUUGCUUGAUAAUUUACGACUGCAUGUCGUAAAAGGGAGCGGGUUUCAUGAGCAAAACAUAUGGUAGGGUGGAUGGACUGCUCUCGCUGAGUAUACUGCAGGACGAUCUCAACAGUACGAUUGAGCUUUACCAGCUUACACCCUCAAAAACUAUCUUCCAGCGUGACAACGACCCGAAGCACAAGUCGCGUAUCGUACAGGAGUGGCUUUGAGAGUAAGAUUCAGGGGUGCUAGAGUGGCCGUCUUCCUCACCCGACCUCAACCGAAUGGAGCAUUUAUGGGCUCAUCUCAAGAGGCAGCUGGCCAAGCCUUAUAAGCCUCCCACUGUAUGCUAGACCUUUGGGAGCGAGUGCAGGAGAAAUGGGAGAAGAUCCCAGCGGAUGUGUGCACCCACCUGGUGGAAAGCAUGCCCAGGAGGGUGAGGGCGGUGUCUAAGGCGAGAGGGCGGUGGAUUAGGUACUAGUUUGGGGUUGAUGUAAC